UAAACCACCAGAGGCUGGGCCUAUUUCCGGUAGGAUCAGUGGACUCGGCGGCAGAGGGAGUGCGGAGCCGUCCACUGAGUUUUUCCAAGGCUGUACAGACAUGGCGGCGGCUUUUCGGAAGGCCGCUAAGUCCCGGCAGCGGGAACACCGAGAGCGAAGCCAGCCUGGCUUUCGAAAACAUCUGGGCCUACUGGAGAAAAAGAAAGAUUACAAACUUCGUGCAGAUGACUACCGUAAAAAACAAGAAUACCUCAGAGCUCUCCGGAAGAAGGCUCUUGAAAAAAAUCCAGAUGAAUUCUACUACAAAAUGACUCGGGUUAAACUCCAGGAUGGAGUACAUGUUACUAAGCAGACUAAGGAAGAAGUAACCCCAGAACAACUAAAGCUGAUGAGAACUCAGGAUGUCAAAUAUAUAGAAAUGAAAAGGGUUGCAGAAGCUAAGAAAAUUGAAAGACUAAAAUCAGAGCUCCAUCUGCUGGAUUUCCAGGGGAAGCAACAGAGCAAGCAUGUGUUCUUUUUUGACACCAAAAAGGAAGUUGAACAGUUUGAUGUUGCAACUCACCUGCAAACAGCCCCGGAACUAGUCGACAGAGUCUUUAAUAGGCCCAGGAUAGAGACCUUGCAGAAGGAAAAAGUGAAAGGAGUUACCCAUCAGACUGGACUUAAGCGAAUAGCUAAAGAAAGGCAAAAGCAGUAUAACUGCCUGACACAGCGGAUUGAACGAGAGAAGAAAUUGUUCAUUAUUGCUCAGAAAAUUCAAACACGCAAAGAUCUUCUGGAUAAAACUCAGAAAGUAAAGGUGAAGAAAGAAACAGUGAACUCCCCAGCUAUUUAUAAAUUUCAGAGUCGUCGAAAACGUUGACAUGUUAUAGAUAAGCCUUGUCAUUCUGCAUCAAAAAAUCUAUUGUCUUUUUUCUAGUAACUUCAAAUUCCAUUAGUCCAAAUGGCAUGGUUUUCCAGUUUGUAACCGUAACUAAAUUGUCAGUCUGACAUUAACGUCUUCCUAUGGACAACAUUAAAUCUCUGUCCCUUCUGUAAUUA